ACGCGAGCAUGAACACCGACGACACUGGCGACGUCGACCUCGCGCUCGACAUCACCGGCACCGGCACCGGGCCCGACGCGGACGACACCGACGCUGAGCCCUCCGCCGUGCGCGGCGAGUUCUCGCAGUCGGUCUUCGCCGCGGGUCCCAGCGCUCAACACAGCAGGAACCAACAACCGUCUUUCGAGCGCCUCCCACCCGGCGCAUUCCACGACAGCGACCACGAUGACUACGCCGACAACGAACCCGUGUCCGUGCGUCAGACUCGGGUCAGGACUCCGUCGCCACCGCCGCCUGCGAAAACGCGGAUACCAGUGCGCGUGCGCAAGACGCCAGGCAAACGCACCACUCGCGAUCCCACGCUGAAGCGCAGCCUGCCCGGCGCAUUCACGGCUAUGGGGGAUGACGAGGACGAUCGCCUCGGUCAGCGACACGGGCACGACAACGACAACGACAAUGAUGGCGAGGACGACGAGAUCGCCCCGCUGCCCAAGCGACCCCUGCGCCGCAGCCGCGCGACGCGUCCGAGCACGAGCUCGGUAGACGGAGAGGACGACGCGGAGGUCCGGCCCGUCCGGCGAAGCUCACGGCUGAGUGUUGCAUCCAGCUCGCCCGAGCCCAUGUCGCCGCAGAAACUAAGUACCGGGACGGGCGGCAGGACAAGGAAGGCGGCUUCGACUACGGCGACGCCGGGCAAGACGAGAAGUUCGAGGCGGCGUUGACUGACUAUGUAUGCUCAGAUUCUUGGAUUAUACCUACGUAUUGAUGCAAACUAGCCCUAGCUUGUAUGUAUGUUGUCCAGUUUCCUUCGCGAUCUGCUGCUAGUUUUCAUACACGCAGACCCUAUUUGGAGCCGCUUUUUUCACCCCCGCCAACUGUGUAGUCACCUUGAUGGAAGCUCUCGCAUUUGGCUCUCUACGUGUAGACCCACCAAGAG